AAAAUAUCUACAGAAUACAGAAGUCGCCCCUUUUCACCUCACAACAGCAUAACUCCGGCAUAUCCCUACCCAAACCCUACCACUUCGGGUAUCACCAUAUAGCCAAAUUUAUUCCCAAUUCCUACUUCUACUGUUGGUUUGCAUUUGUUGCACAGUUCAAGAUUCGGGUAGAAAAUGGAUAUCGAAGUUGAUCAUUAUGCUGUUUUGGAUUUACCCUCUGGAGAGGAAGGAGCCAAACUUUCUGAGAAAGACAUAUCUAAAGCCUAUAAGAAGAAGGCAUUAGAGUUGCAUCCAGACAAGAGGCCUGAUGACCCAAAUGCUCACUUGAACUUUCAAAAGCUGAAGACUUCAUACGAGGUUCUGAAGGAUGAGAAAGCUAGGAAGUUAUUUGAUGAUCUACUUCGUGUGAAACGUGAGAAGAUCCAACGCCAAUCACAACAAGAUUCAAAGCGUAGAAAGAUGAUGUCAGAUCUCGAUGCAAGAGAACGUGCUGCUUUUGCACCUGAUGCCAGUGUUUCAGCUCGACAAGAGGAGGAGCGAAUUGCUAGAAAGCUUAAAGAGGAAAUUGCUCGAAUUCGUGCUAUGCAUUUAAACAAGAUGCCUACUGCUACAGAUCCUUCACAGAAAGAGACACAUGCAAGGGCUAAGGCGAGUACAGAAGGAAAGGGGAGUAAUGUAGACAAGGAAAAGGUGCUUAAGGUAUCUUGGGAGAAGAUUGGUGAAGAUUAUACUGCCCAAAGACUGAGAGAGUUAUUUAGUGAGUUUGGUGAGGUUGAAGAUGUAGUAAUCAAGAGUUCUAAGAAGAAAGGCUCCGCUCUUGUUGUCAUGUCUUCUAAGGACGCAGCUAAAGCUGUUUGUGGAAAUGUCUUGGGGGAUCUAUCAAAUCCUCUCUUAAUUGUGCCUCUUCAGCCAACAGUUCAACCCACAAUGCCAUCUUCAUUUUUUAACGCUGAGAAAGAUAGAGAACCUGAGGGCCCAAGUUUGAGUAAUCUUGUAGGUGCUGGAUACCAGAAAUUUGAAGACUCAGUAUUAGAAAAAAUGAGAAAGGCUGCUCAAAGGAAGAAAUAGCAUGCUGAAACUUCAUCAAGUUCAAGUGCUGACAUGUUAAGAUUUCUAGGUUGCCUCAGUUAAAGAAGAGGUUUGUUGUCUGACAUGUAUUUCGUUGAGAAUGUACAAUGAGAAUCUCGUAUUGCUGUCACAAGAUUGGCUAGAGGAGAGAUGUCCCUUUACGUAGUCCAAUGUCUGGUAUUGUGUACAUGGUGUCUGCAGUAGAAUCACAUAAGUGUGGUGAUGGAUUCAUCACAUUUUUAUUUUUUUUUUGGAAAAGUUGCAAUAUAUGCCAAGAUGAUGGAUGAGAGGCUAAAUUGUGGCGGUGUUGCCUGUACUGUAUAUUAAUUUCAUUUGUGGAUAUCUGCUAUGUUUUUAGCAGUUUUCUGUAUCA